GGACAUAAAGACGAUUUUCUCCUCCUGCUGCUCCUGGACCCCCGGACAUGUGGGCAACAGGUACAUGUGAAGGAGUUCGGCCUCGGCUCAACCCUGGAAACGGAGUAGAGGAAUUAUAGAAUAUCAUAGAUUAGUGUAAUCCUUCAUUUUAGAAAAGCUCUUGACCGUACAAAACAACAUGGAAUUAUGGUGACACAACAAGUACUUUCAGGGUUUAAGCUUUGAUUAGCGGUGGCUACCUGUAAACCGACACCUACCAUCAGAGAAACUCUGUACUGUACUGUAUAUUCUUCUAAUCUUCAGGAGUUAUGAACAGGCAUGGAAGCAUAUUCAUUUGCUCACAUGGAAAUAUAAUCAAACAUGGAAUCUAAUCGAAAAGACCAAUAAAGGCUGAAGAUGUAGCAACUGAUUGGAAAAAGUACAACUACAGCAUUUAUAUUUAAUAACUUCAUUGGUCCAUGUAGAUUGACGCAGUCGUUGCUUAUUGGCACUUAUUCUUAUUAGAGGUCUGUCAAGUUCUCCUCUGAGGAAGUCCUCGUUAGAAACGUGUUUUGGGGUAUGUGCCUUGAAUACUCAAGUGAUCGUACAAAGAACUAUUUGAGAAACAAUAUGGACCUACACCUGUCUUACAAUAAAAGAUGAAUUGAAUGCUGAGACAGAAAUUAGUUUAAAAGAGCAAUAGGAAAACAAAUUCAAGCAAUAAAUACAUUAAUAAUAAAUGACCAAUGGAAAUACAUAAACCAUGAGUACAAACUAAAAUGUAAGCAUCCAUAAUAAAAUGAAGGAACACCGUAUGCUACAUGCCAAUCGCCAAUUACUUGAUGAUUUAUCUUAACUAAUUUGAGGAUUCUUCGCGCAUUAAAUUAGCAAUCGUUCCUUCACAACAGUCAGACGAAGGUCAUGGACCUUCUGUGGGAGCAUACGCACGACCGACUCGGUGUACGAGUGUGUUUUAAGGGGCAAAAACAGAUGCGGUGUUCGAGGCUUUACAGCAAGUUAGUGGAACUAGUACCAGACCUGCUCGCCUCACAUUCUGCCGGCACACUGAAGACGAGGCUCGGGUGAGAGGGGCAAGUCUUCUCAGAACAUUUCUGCAAGUCAGCAUGCUGGCUGUGUUCCGCUGGCUAUGUUACGAGUUGAUCGGCAGAUCUGUCAGACAGGAACACGGGUGCAAGUUAACGUUAUUCUGAUCCUGACAGCUCACACACUGCUGUUCCGCGCUGCACGCCAAGGCCAGAGACAGGUCAUUCGUCCGAGUGGAAUUGUGGGUAAUUUCAAAGAUCCACUAGGAAGAAGAUGCCCUGUGAAAGACAUGGCGCCUUACUAUUUCGCUUUUUCUUCUGAGGUAAGACGUGGAAUUCUUUUGUAUAACGUGCUACUGACUACUGUGGAGGUUAGUAAUUUAAAGCUAUGGUUUUACCUUGGAAAAUAUGUUUGUGUCUAACAACAGCUAUAAAUGUUACUCUUUAUUUUUAAAGUAUCUGAUGCUUGUAUUCUUCUUCACGAGUCUAUUUAUCGUGUGAUCCCGAAAAUUACUGCCAUCUACUGGUAAUACUUAUAAAUGCAGGCAUUUCACUGGCCGCUUGCAAAUACAGAAUUGCUCUGUAAACCCUGAUUAAAAAUAGAUCUUUAGUAAUGGAAUAACCGUGCCAAUAUGAUAAUGUCCCUCCCAAUCACUUGCGUCUAUGUCCCUUAACCAAUUGAAUGAAGUAGUUGAGCUGUGAAACCCUAUCACCAAGUUUGUCACUAGCAUCAGAACAUUGCUUUGACUUUAAUGUACUACGGUUUACACUCGCGCUACAACUGUUUAUUCACUCUAAAAGUAAUCACAUGUGAUUCCAUAAGGCCUCAAGCUAUUGUUGGCUCAAACGUUAUGAACACAGAAUCAAUUAGCAGUGUAAAAUAGCAAACACAGCCGACAUUCAUCUGCGUUGACAGUGUCAUUAUGAGCUAAUAUAAAUAGUGCUGUAGAGGCCAUGUUUGUUUUUCACAAAAAAGUUAUGUAACUUCUAUAAAAGCUAAAUUGAGACCAGCAAAACUAUUUCACACGUCCAGUAAUGUACUGACAGAGACUCACAGGAUCCUCAAGAAACCAAACACUACUUUAAUUAAAAUUAUAUUAUAUUUAACAAUUCAAUUCCCUUUCUUCAUCAUCCUCUCUUGUCCUAUCUUUCCUCUUAAUGUCCUCACAUCCACAACCAGGUACUUCAUUGGUUUCCAUCCUCUUGGCCUCCUUAACUUUAUCUUCAAACUUCCUCAGGUGACGUUUGGUGAAACUUGUAUCUUUACUCUCCAAUGAGCAUCUUCAACUCUGCCACUUCACGUCCAUAUGUCUCAAUUGGACUUGCUGUGGGACCCACAACAUCACCCCUCAAUAGCAGGCCAUCACCCAAAUAUAUAAGAAAAUAAAAUGGCUGUUUAUUGAACUAGAUGUGUAUUUAAGAAGAAAAUAUAUUCUUCAAACAUCACACAUAAUAAUAUAACAGUUCAAUUGUUGUUUAAAAUAAUACAUUGGCUUUCAGUUUUAAAUCUGAACGCCUCACGGUGAGGCAAUAGUAAUGUUCUAAACAACAAAUAACAACAGGUAGAAAGACUGCAUUGUUCAGUGGGUGUGUUCUUGAGAACAGCGAGCAGAAUAGGUGCAGCCUCUGGACUGGGGCUGGGGAGGGGCCACAUCCACAUUCUCUUCAGCACGCCUCAAGGUCCUGGAGGCACGUCACCCACAUCCAAUCACCUCCUCUGCUCAUCCCAUGUUUGUCGACUCAAAUCUAAUAUUUGAGCAAGAUUUCACAUUCGACAAACCUGUCUAGUGGCGCUCAUUACUCUUUCAUGUUCACUCAACACACUUCUUCCAGUCAGCACAAGUUCAACCUUUAAUUCCCUGCUAUUUUUUACCAGACUCCCACACAGCUGCGUCCACUGGCUCAGGGCUGCGGCGUGGAGUCAACCUCCCUCUCUCUGCUGAUCAAUUUCUCCACUUCCUCCUUUAAGAGCGGCUGGGCAGAGCAGCAGAAGACAGGAUGUGCUUUGUGCCGCGCUCAGUUUCAUAGCAGCAGCAGCAGCAGCAGCAGCAGCAGAGAGGACGACACCGCACGCACUCUGCAGUCAAGAUGAGUGCUGGGGAUGUUGUCUGCACCGGCUGGCUCAUCAAAUCCCCACCAGAGAAGAAACUAAAGAGAUUUGCUUGGAGAAAGCGUUGGUUUGUUCUCCGCCGAGGUCGUAUGAGCGGAAACCCAGACGUUCUGGAGUACUACCAAAACAACAACUCCAAGAAGCCCAUCCGCACCAUCGACCUGAAGGAGUGUGAGGUGGAGAUGCUGAACGGCCAGCUCAGAAUCCGGCAUGACUUCAGCGAGAAGCACCUCUUCGUGGUGAAGACCUCGGCUCGGAUCUUUUAUCUGGUCGCCAAGACGGAGGAGGAGAUGCACAGCUGGAUCAGCAGCAUUAGUCAAAUUUGUCGGUUUGGGAGCCUGGAUGAUGCAGAGAGUUCUGAGGACAGCUACCCCCACACGCCAAUGUCGCUCCAGCCCUCCCCAGACAGCUCCGACCGGACGUCUUUCUCUAGUCACCUUGAUUCCAGCCUCCCUCCAGAUUAUCUUUAUCUGUCUCAGUGCAAGACCGGGAGUGUCGGCUCAUGUAGUUUUUCCACCUCUGAGCUCUCGCUGGAGCAGAAGUCUGAGGAAAGUGUGAGAGACAUCACUCCGUCACCUCUCUGCAGUGAGUCCAGCUUCACCCCUCAGUUCAGCCCGGGGGCCUCUUUCUUCCCGCACCCGCGGUUGGCAAACCCACCCCUCAGCGCCCCCUGCACUUCAAUGACUCUCCCUGCUGCCACGUCUUCCCCUCAACACCACUGCGCCUCGAACAUCUUCCAGUUUGACAAACCCUAUCUGUUGGAGGCCACGUGUGAGACGCACACGCCGCCUCCACUGCCCCCCAAACCUACCCACGUGUCCGAGAAGAGAAGUGAUGGAGGCUGCUUGACCAGGCCUGUGAGUCUCUGUCAGUUCCUCAACCACUCUGCUCCGUUUUCUUGCAGGACGUCUCUGUCAUGUUUGGACCAUUUCAAAAAAGCUGCUGAUAGGUCGAUACAGCACCGAAGGCAGAGUCUGAAUUUGCCAUGUUUAAGCAGCACAGCGGAUGAUUCCUACAUCCCUAUGGCUUCUCCUUUGGUCACCACUGUUGAAAGUGAUGGUUACAUCCCCAUGAGGCCCAUUGCUUCCUUUGCGAAAACCAGCAUCGAUGAUUCCUCUGCAGCGCUCGCUCCUCCCUUGAUUCAAGCAGGAGAUUUUGCUCCUCCUCCAAUCCACCGCCACCUGAAGCCCCGUUUGAGAAGAGCUCGCCCACCUCCUCUUGACUUGAGAGGCCUCUCCACCAUCACAGAAUGCCCCACUCAUCUUCCUCUCUGCCGAACGUUAACAGACUCACACUUCCUGCAUCUUGAGAGAAGGCUUGAGAAUGGAGACAAGCCAAGAGAAGGGGAAACUUUCUUGGACUCCAGACUGCACUUCCCUUUCAGCUGUGACGGGACUCAAGUUAGAACAAGAAAAACAAACCUCGACUAUUUAUCCCUGGACUUCAACUCUGCGUCGCCGUCCCCUGUGCAGAAGAAACCCUUUCUGUCCGAUGAGCACAAAGUGGAUUAUGUUGUGGUGGAUGAGAAGAAAACACAAGCACUCAAAGACACCAAAAUGGAGUGGACGGAUGUGAGACAGUCACAGACAUGAAAAGAAGGGUGCACUGGAUAAACAAGCAAGAAUGGACACACUGUAAUGGACACGAAGCCAUCCGCCAUCAUUUGAAACGGAGUGGUGUGAUUCCAAGCACAUCAAUAAAGAACAUUGACUGAGCAUCGCUUGAUCACAUUGUUGUAAUUUAAAAGUGUACAAACAUUUCUGGAGUUAUGUGUUAAAGCGUCAUGAUUGUAAAAAGGAAAAACAUUUCUACAAGUGUAAACACAUGUCACACGCUGUAUGUAUGUAUAUGUGAACCAAAGUGAACCGAAACACCUGCCGACCUCACUGACUUGUGAGUACAAAUUAUUUUCAUGAAAGCACUAUGUUUACAACGGGAAUCACAAAUAAACUAUUGUAGAUGUUUGGCUCUGAUCUACUACAUAUU